UAGUAUUACAUAAACUUUCUGAUUCAUUUGAUACUGAAAAAAUUUUUUAAGUAAUAACUGAAUGAAAUGAAAUACAUAUUAGUAUUUCUGUUGGUAGCUAGCACAAUUUUUCAAAUUGCACAAUCAGCAGAUGACCAAUUACAAGAUAAUAAUGUAUGGACUAUCACUGUACCAACAUUUUCAAAAUCAUUUUUAUGGAUUGAAAAUUUUGCCAAGGGAGCAACUGAUGAAUUUAUGAAUAUGUCACACAACAUGAAAGACAAAUUACAAAAUGUUUUUACUGUACCGUCUAUACCAGAUACACAAAUGAUAGAUGAUAGUAUGACAAAUGUAAAGAUUUAUACCUCAAAAACAAUAACCACACCAUCUCAAGAAAUAGUAACAGAAGUCAUCAAAGAAGAAAUCAUACCAUCUAAAUAAUUAGUUACAAAUAUCAUAUAACUAGCCUGGUUACAUAACUUAAAUUAUAAUUUAUAAAUUCUAAUUAGUAUAUAUUUUAUAUUUGGGUAUCGUAGUACGUAUUCGGUAUUACACACAUUAUAAUGUUAAUUUAUGAAAUGUUUAUUAAAAAAUAAUGUAGGUUA